AUGGGGAUGCAGAAAGUAAUACACUCGUACUUGCUCGCGUUAGUCGGAGUCACGUGCGACGGCCACCACCAGCCGGUGGCGCUGCAUCUGAACGGCCUGGGCCUGGCGGGCGAGAUUCCCGUGGAGAUCAAUCAGAUCGCGACGCUCACGUCUCUCGACCUGGGACGGAACGCGCUCAGCGGAGUCAUCCCCGACAGCAUCAACAACAUCCUCAGCCUCCAGGUGCUCAACCUGUGCAGCAACCGGCUGGGCGGGCGAAUCCCGGAGCUGAAUCUGGUGACGAGCCUCUUCUCGUUAGACCUCAGCCGCAACCAGCUCGGCGACGCCAUUCCCGCCUCCCUCGGCCUCCUCACCAAGCUCAAGGUGCUGGAGCUCAACAACAACGAGCUCGCAGGUUCGAUUCCCGACGCCGUCGGCAAUCUGAAGCUGCUGCAGGACGUGUCGCUGGCGGAGAACCGCCUCACGGGGCGCGUGCCCCGGGGGCUCGACUACCUGCGCGCCAGCCGCACCGCCCAUUACAACUUCUCCGCCAACGGCGCCGGCUUCUGCGGUACCGGAUUCGCCGGCCUAGCUGCCUGUCCGGGGGAUCCGCCUUACGUCCCGCGCAAGGCCCCGCUGCCGAAGCUGCCACCGAAAACCCCCGUCCUUCCCAAACCCAAGACUCCCGUCACACCCACACCCAGACUUCCCGUUGUACCCACGCCCAAGGUCGCUCCCAAGCCGAGGCUUCCAGUCACCCCCAAACUGCCGCCCACCAACCCCACAGUGCCUGGCCAUCUCAUCCGCCUUCUUCAUCCGCCUUCUUCAUCCGCCUUCUUUCACUCCCUUCCCGCUUCCAUUCUGCCUUCCCUGCACUUCCCGCUCACAACACCCGCUUACCCCGCCUCUUCUCAUCCCCCCUUCCCCCCCUUCCCCCCGCUUCCCCCCGCCCCCUACCCCCCACCCGCUGACUGCCGCCCUCACCAGGCGAAUGACGGGCUCAAGGAGCCCGCCCUGUCCGUCGCCGCGGGCGGCGCCUGGGCGGCGAAGAAGCAGAAACAAACAAAUCGUGCCGGCGCCAAGCCGCCCUCCUCCGUCGCCGCGUCUGUCGGCUCCUCGGGAGCGCGCUCCCUGGCCGUCGAUGUCGAGAUGGGCGGCGAGAUGAACGGCUGUCUGCCGUCCUCGCGCGAUCGCGCCGUGUUCCCCGCUGCCGCCUCGCCGACAGGCGGCGCGUCGCGCUCGGCGGCUGUAGCAGGACCGGCUGUAGCGGGAGCCGCGGCGGCUGCGGCGGGAGCGGCUGCUGUGGCGGCUACAGCCAGGCAAGCGUCGCGCGGACGAUCGGAGAGGAACGAGCGACAGGGUGGGACGCCGCCGAAGCGGUCGCCCGGACCUGCGCAGCAGGCCCGGAAACCAGCGGCUUGGGAGCAGCCUCAGGGGCAGGCUCGGGAGCCGGGGCAGAGCGGGUCGUUUGGCCGGCAGGAGGAUGGGUCAAGGGAUGGAAGCGAGAGGGGCAGUGUUGCUGCUGGUGGUGCUGCUGGUGCUGCUUCUGGUGCUGCUUCUGUUGCCUAUUACGACAGUGCCUACUUGCCCCAGUCGAGUGACAAAGCGACGGCUUAUGGCAGUGCGAGCGUCGCUAGCGUGGUGCGCAGCAGUGCCACCACCCCCAGCCCUGUGAAGGCCCUCGGCGGGUGGGGUGCUCCGAGGGCCCAGCGUGCUGCUGUGGCUGACCCGGUUGCUGCGAGAGAGGGCGAGAGGGAGAGGGAGGGCGGGAGAGAGAGGGGUAAGGAGAGUGAGAGUGAGAGCGAGAGUGAGGGUAUGGGGGGUUCACACUCAGUGGUGUCGUCAGUGGUGAGUAGAGACAGAGGGUGGGACGAUGCCAGUAAAGGGGGAUCUCUCAUGGGUGCCAGCGCCGCUCACGCCCACAACAGCAGCGGUGUGACUCGUGCUGCGCCUGCUGCACCUUCUGCUGCCACGUCGCCUGCAAAGCCUGCUGGAUCGCCUGCUGCAAUAUCUGCUGCAGCGGCAGCAGCAGCGAGCAGGGGGCGUGUUGGGGGGCAGUCAGCAGCAGCGGUGUCUGCUACCACCGCUGCGUCUGGUGCGAGCAGUGAGAGGGAUUCAGACACGGAGGAGAUCGAGAUGGAGGAGAGCGGGGCGUACAGGGGAGUGGCAGCAGCGCCCGCUGUUACCAGCGCUGCAGCAGCGGGUAAGGGGGUGCUAGGGGACAGCCCUCGCAGGCCAGGGGCAGGAGCACCAGGGGCAGGCGGAUCCGGGGCAGGUGUAACUGGCGCAGGUGGUGCUAUCGGGGCAGGCUCAUCUGGCGUGCGGGUGGGGGUGUAUGGGCCUGCAGGGAGGUCGCUGCGAGUGACAGACCUGCAUGCAGCAGAGGGGGAACGGGGGGAGGAGGAGGAGGAGAGCAGCGUCACGAGUGAGAGCAGUGAUAGCGAUUACCCCAGAGUUCAACAGCCUAUGACCAGCACUAGAACGGCAGCAGCAGGAGGAGCAGCAGGAGCAGCAGGAGCAGCAGGAGGGGCAGCAGCAGUAUCGCCUGCUAUUCCCCGGGGCUGGGCCGGCGCGUCUGCUGCCACUGUCGCUGCAGCAGCUGCUGCUAUCUCGCCCUCGCGUGCUGCUCCUGCUGGUGCUGCUGGCGCGUUCCCUGGCAGAAACAGUGGCAGGGGAGAGGGAUUGGAAGGAGGUGAGAGGGAUGGAGACACGUCAGACACGUCAGCAGAUGGUGACGAGGCAGCAGGGCACGGUUUGGAGCGGUACUUCACGGUUGCUGAGCUGGCGCUGGCGUCGAACGAUUUCGGGCGGCAGAGUGAGCGCAGCGUGCUGGGCAGCGGGCGGCACGGCACUGUUUACCGCGCGCGGUUACCAGAGGGGACCACGGUGGCUGUGAAACGACUGAGUGAGAGAAAUCUGGAGCAGUCACCUCGCGAGUUCAAGUUCGAAGUUGACUCACUGGCCCAGGCCAAGCACCCGAACCUAGCCGCAGUGCUGGGGUGCUGUGUGGAGGGCGAGGAGCGCAUGCUGGUGUACGAGUAUCUGCCCAACGGGUCGCUGGACGCGUGGCUCUACCAGACCGCUGCUGGGGGGUCUGCUGAUACACUGGACUGGCCCAUGCGCAUGCACGUCGCCAUCGGGUGUGCCAAAGGACUCGCCCACCUGCACGGAGGCAUGGCAGUGAAGGUGGUGCACCGGGACGUGAAGGCGUCGAACGUGCUGCUGGACGCGCAGUGGAGCGCCAAGCUGGGCGACUUUGCGCUCGCCAAGGCCAUGGGGCGCGACCAAGGGCACGUGGGCACGCGAGUCAUGGGCACGUUCGGCUACGUGGCGCCAGAGUACAUGAACACGGGGCUGCUCACGGAGCGCAGUGACGUGUACAGCUUCGGCGUGCUGCUGCUCGAACUCAUCUCCGGCCGCCCGCCUAUUGACAACGAGGCUCCUUCCGACCAGGAAUGCACAAGCAGGAGGCGGGGCAUGAGGAAUGAAGCACCCUCGCACCAGGGGGAACCAGCGUGUGAUCAGAUAAUGAUGGACCAUGAAGCAGCACCGUCAAAUCGGGUUGACUUGGUGCGGUGGGUGCGGGCCAAGGCAGUAGAGGAGCGCCUUUUAGAAGUCUUAGAUCCGCGGCUGCAGGGCACAGUGCAGGCAGACGACGUGGAGUACGCAUUGGGAGUGGCACUGCGAUGCGUUGAGCCGAAUGCCCUCAAGCGCCCCAAGAUGCCGCAGAUCGUGCACAUGCUGGAGAGCGAGGACCCCAAGCAGAGGGACGACUGGGUGGCGAGGAGGCCAAGCCCAUCCAGUGCGCGCUCCCUCGCCUACCGGGACCCCUCCCCGCGCGCCUCCUUCCGCCACUGCGACUCCUCCCCCCGCACUCACCCCCCGCGUGACUCCUCCCCCCACAACGCCAUCCGAGAGCCCUCCCCCCGCGCCCCUUACUUCCGCGACCCCAGCCCCCGCUGCUACCCCGCCGCUGCCUCUGUUCCAGGGAGGGCUAGUGGGUACGGCAGUGGGGGGGGAGGGGGUGGGGGUGCUGCUGCUUGGUCGGAUUCGAGUAGAGGGACGAGUCCCAGGAUAGGGGGAGCUGGGUCGGUGUCACAGAACAGUGCUUACUACGGCAUGCCAGGCUCGGCACGAGCUCCCGAGCCUUACCGGGCCAGCAGCAGCAGCCCGAGGCAGUAUGGGAUGCCAGGCUCGGCACGGGCUGCCGAGCCGUACCGAACCAGCAGCAGUCCGAGGAUAGGCGGCUCGCCGAGCGUGAAUAAUAGCCACUAUCCGUCUCGCAACGCGGCUAGUCCCACGGCUCCAGACAUUGGAGCUAUGAUUGCUUCUGCUGCUAUGCGGACAUCUAGCCCCCGCGCCCUGCAUUUCCAGGGCAGUAGUGGAAGUAGCCCCAGGGCCAUGUCACCCAGGGGCUACUCACCCCGUGCUUUUGGACCGCCAGGGGGUAUGACUGGAGGUUCCCCUGGGGUGGGAAUGAUGGGCAUGUCGCCACGAGUGGCGAGCCCAAGGCCUUCGAGUCCGCGCAUGCAGAAUGGGGGGGAUGCGGGGAGUGUGAUUGCCAGCCAUGCCAUGAGCAUGAGCACAUACAGGCGCCAGGGCUCCUGGAGUAGGAGAUGA